GAAACCAGUCCGCUAGAUGACGCAGAGCGUUGAGCUGUUAAUGAACAGAGGUGGCGCACAUUUCUCACUUUACUAAACUGUUGUGAAGCUGCUUUGUGGCGGGUUCGUGUGUCGGAUGUGACAGUAGCGCGUUAUCCAACGGCCCCUGAACGCUGCGCCGCCGCGGGAAAGAUGGCGGAGUUGCAGAUGCUGCUGGACGAGGAGAUUCCUGCCGGACGAAAAGCGCUGCUGGACAGCUUCACCAACCUGGACCGGGUGGCUGAGUACUGCGAGAGCAACUAUGUUCAGUCUGCAGACAAGGAACGAGCGCUGGAGGAGACUAAGAGCUACACCACCCAAUCGCUGGCCAGCGUCGCCUACCUCAUCAACACACUGGCCAACAAUGUGCUGCAGAUGCUGGACAUCCAGGCAUCGCAGCUGCGCCGCAUGGAGAGCUCCGUCAACCACAUCUCACAGACUGUUGACAUUCACAAAGAGAAGGUGGCCAGACGGGAGAUCGGCAUCUUGACCACCAACAAAAACACGUCCCACUCACAUAAAAUUGUUGCUCCAGCUAAUCCAGAGCGACCGGUGCGCUUCAUCAGGAAGCCCAUUGACUACAGUGUGCUGGAUGACAUCGGACACGGAGUUAAGUGGUUAUUGAGGUUUAAGGUGAACGGUCAGCAGAACAUGAAGCUGGGUGGGUGUCUGUCCCGGUCCAGCCCCCCCACACAGAAACCUCCCAGUCCCCCAAGGGCAGGAAAGGGCAUCCUAGGGAAGAGCUCCCCCUACAGGACGCUGGAGCCGGUGCGCCCCCCUGUGGUGCCCAACGAUUACGUCUCCAGCCCCACCAGAAACAGUAUGACUGGUGCACAACUUUCAAGUCCAGUGCGCACGGCCACUCUCAACCAUCGGCCCAGAACAUACAGUGGCAGCAGUGGAGGCAGUCAUCCUAGCAGCAGCAGUCGCAGCAGCAGCAGGGAGAACAGCGGCAGCAGCUGUGUGGGCGUUCCCAUCGCCGUGCCGACGCCCUCCCCACCAUCUACCUUCCCAGUUUCCCCAACUGCUGAACCAGCUAGCUCUUCCUCCACUGCUCCUAACUCCUCCCCUUCCCCGACCCCUUCCUCCUUCUCCUCUUCCUCCUCCUCCACAACAACCCUAACACAGCCCAAUGCUCCUUUGCCCCCAAACUCCCCUAUACAACACAGCACCUCACCACCCCAACCUAACACGCCUCCCAGCACCUCCCCAUCUGGUAACCCCACCCCCGAAGUCCAGCUGGUCCUCCCUCCUCCUCCCCUGUCCUCCUCCUCAUCUCCUGCUGAAGGUCCCAUCGUCCCUCAGUUCUACAGUAUGAACCGGCCUCAGCCUCGACAGCAGACGCCUCAGGUAGGGGGGUCCCUGCCUUACCGCCGCCCUCCCUCUGUCACUGAUCAGCCCAUCACCGCCCCAACCCAGGUCAAUGGCGGUCCCUACUACACCCAGAGCCCAGCCUCUCCCCCGCCCUCCUCCCUCCUCCAAUUCUCUCCUCAGCUUCCUCUGAUGGGUUUUGUUGCUCGUGUUCAGGAGUCCAUCUCAGACGCCAUUUCUCCUCCUCACCCAGCUGCUGAGAGCCAGUCGGCACCCGAGGAGCUCCUCCCCACACCUCAGCCACAGGAGGACGGACAUGAAGAGGACUCGGCAGUGGUGGAGUACAGUGACCCGUAUGCUGAGGAGGACCCACCCUGGGCCCCCAGAACCUACUUGGAGAAAGUGGUGGCCAUCUACGACUACACUGCCGACAAAGAGGACGAGCUGUCGUUUCAGGAAGGAGCCAUCAUCUACGUGAUCAAGAAGAACGAGGAUGGUUGGUUUGAAGGCGUGAUGAACGCCACCACCGGCCUCUUCCCUGGGAACUACGUGGAGUCUAUAAUGCACUACGCCGACUGAGGACAGCUGUGCUGUCUUGAAUCUGAACAUGAAGAGAAAAUGGACUCUGGUCCAUUUUAGUUUUUUGUUUGUUUAUAUACAUACUAACAUAAAUGUGAUGUGAUGUUCUGAGCCAUGUCCCUCUUUACUCUAAAGGGUCUUUGUUGGCUCGGGUUGUUGGCGACAUCUCAUUUAACAGGGAUCAUUCUGUGCUGGAGGAAUGAGUGUGGUGUGUGCAGCAGCCUGAGAACCCCAUCCCUAAUAUAAGAAUAUUCUGAGUGACUGAGCCAAAUAUAAGGACACAGUCCUGAAACUAAACAAAAACACUGAGAUGUUUAACGUCACAAAAUAAACGAACUGAAGUUCACUGACGCAAAGUCUUUCAGGUUGUCCCUUCAAACAGUUUGAGGUUAAUUUAUACUUAUUUAUAUAUAGGUGAUAUUUAUGCUUUAUCUUUAGCACCAAACCCUCAUCAAACACUUGGUGCCACUGUUGAAGUUUACAGUGUGUUUUAUUUGGUUUCUUUGUGUGUGUGUGCACCAAACUCUCCUUUGUGGACUAAAGUGACUGUGGACCUGAGAACAGUGUUCCUGUUGUUGUGCAGUUAUUUCAGAGGCAUUUGAUCUUCAGAAACCAGAGGACGUCAACUGGUCGGCACCUGUUCUGGCUCCUAAACAGUUUGACCUUCUCUAGAUUUUGCUUUGCCUGCAAUAUCCCUUUAAACAGUGUGGACAGACUGUUUCUCUGAGGCUGAUUUUGCCAGGAACCUGCUCCAUCGUGCUCUCUGCACACACUACAUCAAGAAACGGCCUUAGGUGGUUUCUUAUCUCAUCUGUUGAUGUGUAGAAGUGGUAUUAGUGAGCAGGGUGGCACAGGCUCCACCAAAAAAACACAAUAACAGUAAUUGUUACUUCAACUUUCCAUUCUAUCUGUUUACUAUUCUAACCCCUGUUCUUCAUAAGGGUCAUGGGGGAAGUGAAGCCUAUCGCAGCUUUGCUUGCACAAGAGUCACGGUUCACCUGGAUAGAGACAUCAGACAAUUGAUCACACCUGCGGGCAACAAUUUCAGGUUUGUCUGUUCACCGAGCCAAUACGUUGGCCUGUAGCAUCUUCCUGGUAGAACGUGAUGUCCAGAGAAGUUUUCUGUUUUCCAAAGCACAAAGCUCUUUAGUAAUAAAACAGUGAGGUUACAAUGACUAUUAUAAAUAAAUGUUUUAACAAUA